ACACACACCUGUACGCCACGUGACGUUUCGUUCCAUGAAGAUCACUGACAGAAUGGAUAACCUGCUUUUAUGGCUUUAUGGGUACCUGACCUUGGCCACACACAUCUCAGCCAAGUGUCUUUCUUAUUGCCAUUGGCCACACAUAGAACAGUCCGUGUCUGUUGAAUGGCUGGCCAGGCAAUGAGGGGAUGUCGUCUGUCCCGUGUUUUCGUUGAUUCAGCUCUUUGUGGGUGGUAGAGGUGGAUCUGUCUUUCCUUGGCGGUCAGAGGAAAUGCAUGCGCUGUUGGUGUUCAUAAAAACUACACUGAUUUACGGGGGACAUUCGAAACCACGCAGGGACAUUGCUUUUGGUCUGUUUCCAAACGGGGACUACCUGGAAGUGAAACUGACCUCUGUGUCUGGCUUAACGUCUAGGCAGCGUCGCUAUCAGGGGGGCAGCGCAGCGAACUUCAGACGUCCCCACUGAACACAGAAGGAUCUCGGAGCAGAAUAAUUCUGGACUGAGGUGUCUAUGGACCUUAAUGAAGUGUGAAGUCUAACCACAGCGACUAUCCCACGGUCAGAACAGUUGCUGCACACUAUAAGACUAUAUGUGAUAUGAAUGCCCAGCAAUGCUGAGAACCCCCUCCGCCCCCUCGCCGGUGACUCAAUUAUGCUGAAGACGGAGGCCUCGGGGGAGAGGACCACUCUCCGGAGCGCCUCCCCGCAUCGCAACGCCUAUAGGACCGAGUUCCAGGCCCUGAAGAAGGCCUUCGACCAGCCGCCACGGCAGGAGGGCAAUGAAGCCAAGCUCAAGGACCCUGAGCGUGCUGGUCAGCGCAGAGGGAGGCAGUAUGGCGCCCACGUCAGCCGCAUCAAGGACAUGUUCAUGCAGAUGCAGGGCACGGAGAGGUCCGCCGGCGCCCCGCGACGGGAAGACCCGUCGCCUCAGAAGAUGGUCAAGCCCACCAACUUCAUCAACAAGGCGGACGGCUCCGUCAUAAAGCUCACGCAGCACCCUACAGCGGACCGGACCGGCACGGGAUCGAAAGUCGUCGAGACCCGGAAGCUCUUUGAGCAGCAGUCGCGCGACGCGUCCCAGUCGCCCGUUUACUCUUACGGCCGCGAGAAGAGGGGUUCCUGCGAGCACCUGGAUGACUGGCGUGGGGUGCGCUCCAACAGGGGCAGCACAGACUCCCUGGACUCGCUGUGUUCCAGGACGGAAGCCCAGUCGCCAACUGUGAGCCAGCUGAGCGCCGUGUUCGAAAACGUUGACCAUCAUGGAGGAGGAGGAGGAGUUGGCGCGUGUUCUGUACGGCGAGGCUACGGGGGCAGAGCGCUGUACUCCCCAGACAACUUCCACCGGCAAGGUGACCUCAGUGAAGAUGAUUCGCGACAGUCCCCAGUGCGCGGCGGUGGUUACAGGAACCGCGUGGGGGGCAAACUUCCGGUGUCCUCGUCCUCAGAGGACCUCCUCAGCCCCAGCCCACUGUCAGAGGCAUUGGAGCUACAACCUGUCCUGCAGGAGGAGGAGCCCCAGGAGAAAGUGGAGAAAACAGAGGAGUCAGGGGAGAGCAACAGGGAAGGACAUCCUUCAGGGGCCACCACCAAUGGGGGCGAGGUGAAAGGACUGUGUGAGGAGAAACGAGCGGAGGAAACCGAUACCUCCAAGGAGAUGGAGGGAGUCUGCACGGACUCUCGGCCCACAAAUGACUCCGCGGUCAGGGACGAGACAUCUGACGACACUCCUGACACCCCAGCCUCACCAGCCCUAGAAGAAGCCCAGAAUGAGAAACAGGCCGGUGGGGAGGUGGAGAAGGCCUCCAUGCCCAGGGUCCCUCCAGUGCACCAGGUGGCGCCUCAUGAGGAAUACAGCGGGAAUGAGAGGGUGGUUUUUAAUGCGGAUGGGGACGCGUGCUACCAGGGCUGGGGUGAGAGCUGUACCGACCUGGAGGAUGACCUUUAUGGUGAAGACGAUGUCAUCUAUGACCCUGGGAACGAGCUAAUUGAGAUCCCUGGUCUACCGGAGGAAGCGACAGAGGAUGUUCCUCAGAAGAGGAAAAUCCGUUUCAGCACCAAACCCAUGAUGGUGUUCCAGACCUACUCUAAUGAGGACUAUGACCGGCGAAAUGAGGACGUUGAUCCAGUGGCCUCGUCUGCAGAGUAUGAGCUGGAGAAGAGAGUGGAGAAACUGGAACUUUUCCCAGUGGAACUAGAGAAGGAUGAAGAUGGCCUUGGCGUGAGCAUCAUAGGAAUGGGGGUGGGGGCAGAUGCCGGCCUGGAGAAGCUGGGCAUCUUCGUCAAGACCAUCAUCGAAGGCGGGGCCGCUGAGAGAGACGGCAGGAUCAAGGUGAACGACCAGAUUGUAGAGGUGGACGGGACCAGUCUGGUGGGCGUGACCCAGAGCUUUGCCGCCUCUGUCCUGAGGAACACCCAGGGAGUGGUCAGGUUUGUGAUUGGUCGGGAGCGCCCUGGCCAGGUGAGCGAGGUGGCGGCUCUGAUCCAACAAACUCUGGAGCAAGAGAGGAGACAGAGAGAGAUGCUGGAGCAGCAAUAUGCCCAGUACGACGCCGAUGACGACGAGACAGGGGAGUACGCCACUGAUGAAGAGGAUGAGGAGGCGGGGCCUGCCACCGACGGAGACAAGGGCGGGGACGGAGACAGGGAGAAGAGCAUCGAGGUGUUUGAUUUGCCGGAACCAGAUGAAAUGAUCUCCCCCGCUGAACUGGACGCCACCAAACUCUACCAGAAGUUCCGAGAGCUGCAGAUUAAACACACUGUGACAGAGGCUGAGAUUCAGAAGCUGAAAAACAAGCUAGCGGCAGUGGAGAGGGAGAAGGCACACUGGGAGAAGGAGAAGAGCCAGCUGAAGGCCAGCAUUGAUGAGAACAAGGAGAGGAUGCUGAAGCUGGAGAGCUACUGGAUCGAAGCCCAGACCCUGUGCCACACGGUCAAUGAGCACCUGAAGGAGGCCCAAAGCCAGUACUCCACCCUGGAGAAGAAGUACAACAAGGCCAAGAAACUCAUCAAGGACUUCCAGCAGAAGGAGGUGGAGUUCGUUCAGAAGGAGGACGCGGAGAGGAAGAGGCUGGAGGACGCGGAAAAGGCCCACCUGCAGGAGAUCCAGGCUCUGCAAGUCAGGAUUGCAGCGCUGGAGUCAGAGCUGAUGCAAUUGAUGAAACAAAAUGGCGUCCAGGUGAACAACAAUAACAACAGCGGCCAACGGCAGAGUCCCGGGAAGGUCGGGCCUGCCAGAGAGCCGACGGAGGUGGUUCCGUCCAGUAGCGGACAGAGAGACCGCAGAGGACUGGUACCGGAGAUCAUCAGCUCUGAGGAGGGAGAGUCGCCAGAGGGCCCUGGCAGUACUCGUCCGUCCCUUCAGACUGUGGAUGAGUCCAGAUCCCCCAGACACAUCCUUCUGCAGCGGUUUGCAGAGAACGGGUCUCAGUCACCUGUGGUGUCCAGCCCUUCCCUCAGCCUGGAAGAGGAGAUCCCGAGGAGAGGCCUGGAUCCCCUCAGGGGGAGCAAAGAGAAGGACCCCAGAAGCUCACCUGGAAACAGUUCUACAGAGCACUCUCCUGAGAAUAGCCCAGAGAAACUUAAGGCCAAGAAAUCGCGUGCAUGGCCAGACUUUUUCUCCUAUUCACAUUACUUGGGUCCUGGGCUGAAUGACGAUUUCAGUGCCAGUGGCAGCAGCAGCUCAGUGGAGGUCAGUGGUCUGCCGAGGGACACCAAGCGGUCCAGUUGCUCACACACCGUGGUGUUCUCUUCAGACGAGAGUCUGGAUAUGAUUGAUGACGAGAUCCUGGAUGAGGGCCAGUUUCCCAAGCAGCACCAGUGGCAGAACCGCAGCGUGCCGGACUGGACCUCACAGCAGGUAUGCCGCUGGCUCACCGGACUCAACUUGGAUCAGUACAUCCCAGAGUUCACGGCCAGGAGCGUGGACGGAUCCCAGCUGCUGCGGCUAGACAGUGCCGAGCUCAAGACACUUGGCGUGGCCUCUUCCCAGGAUCGGGCACUGAUCAAGAAAAAGGCGAAGGACCUCAAGGUCCUGAUGGAGAAGGCUCUUAGGAAUCGGGAAAAGCAAGACAAACAGCGAGAGAAGCUCCGCAAGAAAGAGCUGGAGCAGCAACAGAAACAGGCCCGCAUUCCGAGCAGCAAGGGCCCCUCUGACACAGUAGGGGGCCCGGUAGAGUAAACCAAAGGCUUUAAGACACACCUCUUAGGCUUUAAGACACACCUCCUAAGGCUUUAAGACACGCCCCUCCUUGUCUUACAACCAGGUAGCAUCUCCAAGGAGAGACUGUGAACAAAACCACUGAGCUGAUGUUUGAUUACGUGUCUGUGGAUUUAACACCUGUAAAGGGCUUGAGUACAGGACGUGGAGUUCAGUGCAAUACUACUACAGUGGUCUGUAGCAGUGGAGGCUGUCCAGCUAACGGACCACCAAACAAAUGAUACCAAAAUGAGCAAACAGUUGGACAGUGAUGAUGCUUCCAGCCCCACCACAUGCCUGUCAUUUUACAUCCUCGUACCGUUUUCCCGCUCCAUUUAAUUUAUUUUAUUUGGCUGUAAUUCAGGUAAAAUGUUUCCUUCGGGAUAAAUAAAAAAAAUGCUCACCUGGA